UUUACUUCGAGUCUCUCUCUCUCUCUCUCUCUCUCUCUCUCUCUCCGUCGUCGUUUUGGGUUCUGCGGAUCGGUGGAUCCUGGUCGCGAAUUCCGACGCUGUUCGUGGCGGCGAACCGAAUUCCGGUCAACAAGCGAAGAAGAUGAAGGUUUUCGUCAAGACUCUGAAGGGCUCUCACUUCGAAAUCGAAGUCAAGCCCCAAGACACGGUUUCGGAUGUGAAGAAAAAUAUUGAAACUGUUCAAGGUGUGGAUGUCUAUCCUGCCGCGCAGCAAAUGCUUAUUCAUCAAGGGAAAGUUCUUAAGGAUGGUACUACCUUGGAGGAAAAUAAAGUAGCUGAAAAUAGUUUCAUUGUGAUUAUGAUUUCCAAGAGUAAGACUCCGUCUGGUGAAGGAUCUACUACUUCAGCUGCACCUUCAGCUAAGGCUCCACAAACAAGUGCAGCUCCUACUUCAAACCCUGUGGUGUCAGUGCCACUUCCAACUCCUACUGCAACUGGGGCUCCGCUUGCACCUGUUACUGCAGCUGCACCUGCGGCUCCAGCUGCGACUCCUGCUCCAUCUCCAGCUCCUGCUCCUAUAUCUUCGGGCACGGCUGUCAGGGAAGGUUCUGAUGUCUAUGGACAAGCAGCAUCCAAUCUGGUUGCUGGUAGCAACUUGGAAGACACAAUUCAGCAAAUUCUUGAUGUUGGAGGAGGGACCUGGGAUAGGGAUACUGUAGUCCGGGCUCUUCGAGCUGCCUUCAACAACCCUGAGAGAGCUAUUGAAUAUUUAUAUUCAGGAAUCCCCGAGCAAGCUGAAGCUCCACCUGUGGGCCGUGUGCCUGCAAGUGCACAACCUGCAAAUCCUCCAGCAGCUGCAGCUCCGCAAGCGGCACAACCUGCUCCUGUUACCUCAAGUGGGCCUAAUGCUAAUCCUUUAGACCUUUUUCCACAGGGCCUCCCAAAUGUUGGUUCUGGUGGUGCUGGUGCUGGCUCUUUAGAUUUUCUUCGCAACAGCCAACAAUUCCAAGCCUUGCGAGCUAUGGUGCAGGCUAAUCCACAAAUAUUGCAGCCUAUGCUACAAGAGCUUGGCAAACAGAAUCCUCAUCUAAUGAGAUUGAUUCGAGAUCAUCAAGCUGACUUCCUUCGCUUGAUAAAUGAGCCUGUGGAAGGUGGCGAAGGGAACCCAUUGGGGCAGCUGGCUGGUGGCAUACCACAAGCAAUAACUGUCACCCCUGAGGAGCGCCAAGCAAUUGAACGUCUUGAAGCAAUGGGUUUCGAUCGUGCGAUUGUAUUGGAGGUGUUCUUCGCUUGCAACAAAAAUGAGGAAUUGGCUGCCAACUACCUUUUAGAUCACAUGCAUGAGUUCGACGAACAAUAAAUCUCUUCAUGUUGCUAAAUUAUUUAUCUGUUAUCUUUUUAAUGUUUAUGGGGCCUUUGUUUUACUAGACGGUUUGAUGAGGUAAUACUUGAAAAUGAAAAAAAUCUCAAGUGGAGAAGGAACGUUUUUACCACCUCCACAUUAUUGCCUUUGUGGACAGUCUCAGUAUUCAUAUACAUAGUCGUUUGUCCUGUACUA